GGAGAUUUCUUGGAGCUGGAGAGGAGCGCUCAUCUGUGUCUCUCCUCCUCCUCCAGCACCACCACCAGCAGCAGCUGCAGACUUUCUCUGAUCCUCCCGCUGGUUCAUCACGGACAUGGGGACUAAACGAAUCGCUGGGAUUAUUCCUCGCGUUGCCUGUCUUCUGCUUUUCUGGUCUGGGAUAAUCGGAGAAGAGUUGUGCGACAGCCCGCUGGUGUCCAACCUGCCGCCAUCAUCCUUCAGAAGCUCCUCCCAGCUGUCCAGCAGCCAUGCACCGGGCUUCGCCAAACUCAACCGAAGAGACGGAGCUGGAGGCUGGUCUCCCCUCACCUCAGACAGGUACCAGUGGCUCCAGGUGGACUUGGGCGAGCGGACCAAGAUCACUGCUGUCGCCACACAGGGCCGCUACGGCAGCUCUGAUUGGCUGACGACUUACCUGCUGAUGUUCAGCGACAUGGGACACAACUGGAAACAGUACAGGCAGGAGGACAGCAUCGGGUCCUUUUCAGGAAACUCCAAUGCCGACAGCGUGGUUCAGUACAAACUGCAGCAGCCUGCCAUGGCUCGUUUCCUUCGUCUCAUUCCUCUGGACUGGAAUCCCAGCGGGCGGAUCGGACUCCGACUGGAAGCCUACGGGUGUCCUUACUCCUCCGAUGUUGUGAGUUUUGACGGCAGCAGCUGCCUGCUGUACCGACUGACUGCCGGGUCGAGGCGAACAUCGACAAGUGUGGUCACGCUGAAGUUUAAAACCAUGAGGAAUUCUGGGACGAUCCUGCAGGUGAAGAGGUCGGACGGACUGAGCCUGAAUCUGGAGUUAGAGAGAGGAAAGCUACUGCUGCUGCUCAGACGAGGCAGGACUUUAUCUACUGAAACCAGACAUCUUGCAUCCCUUGGAAGCCUGUUAGACGAUCAGCAUUGGCACCAUGUGACCCUAGAGCUGCACAGCCUUCAUGUCAACCUCACUGUGGACAAACUCACAAAACGGGUGCAAAUCCCCACAGAGCUCCACCACCUGGACAUAGAUGAGCUGAGUUUUGGAGCAGUUGAGAGUCUCCUUCAGAAAACCAUCAUCUCCAGCAGGAACUUUCAUGGCUGCCUUGAAAACCUCCAGUUCAACGGUCUCAACCUGCUAGAACUCGCUAAAGUCAACGACCACCGAGUCGCCGCUGUGGGCAACUUGACCUUCUCUUGCGUUGAGCCCAAUUCUGUUGCCGUGACUUUCUCCGACCCUCACAGUUUCCUCCAGUUGCCAUGGGCAACGGCAUCCUCGUCAGAAGGUGCUUCAGUAGAGUUUCAGUUCAGGACAUGGAACAAGGCGGGGCUUCUGCUAACCUUCGACCUUCCCCAACAAGGGGGUGUGGUCUGGUUCUACCUGAGUGAGGCUAGACUCAAGUUGCAUAUCCAGAAAGGAGAGAAGGUUCUGCUGGAGCUCAGUGCAGGUUCUGCUCUCAGUGAUGGUCAGUGGCAUUCAGUAGAGCUCAACUCCAGACGGGGUCAUCUGAGCAUCUCUGUGGACAAAGAGGAAGGAGGCAGCGCUCAGGCCAGCCCCUCAUUUCCUGUCGCAGUAGAAAGUCAACUCUUCUUCGGUGGCUGUCCUACUGAAGACAGACAGGAGUCCAAAGAUCAUUUGGACACCUUCUAUGGUUGCAUGCGUUCUAUAACUCUGGACACCAACAUUGUGGAUCUCAUCCUGGUGCAACAGAGGCAGCUGGGAAAUUACAGCAACCUGCAGAUCGACAUGUGUGGCAUCAUCGACAGGUGCUCUCCGAGUCGUUGUGAACACGGAGGAUGCUGCAGCCAGUCCUGGACCAACUUCCACUGCAACUGCUCUGACAGCGGCUACAGCGGGGCCACGUGUCACAGCUCUGUGCACGAACCAUCGUGUGAAGCGUAUAAACACAACGGCAACACGUCAGGAUAUUUUUACAUCGAUGUAGACGGCAGCGGACCGAUCAAACCACAGCUGGUCUACUGCAACAUGACAGAGACAGACACGUGGAUGAUCCUCCAGCACAACAACACAGAGCUGACCAGGAUCCGUCCAUCUCCUGGUGUGGACCAGCUCUCCGUCCACUUCGGAUACUUAUCUGAGGAAGAGCAACUAUUAACUGCUAUCAGCCAAUCGGAGCACUGCGAACAGGAACUGUCCUACCACUGUCGGAAGUCCCGCCUCCACAACACUUCAGAGGGUUCUCCCUUCAGCUGGUGGCUUGGCGGACCCGGUUCUGGUCGAGUCCACACUCACUGGGGAGGAGCUCAUCCAGACAGCCAGCAGUGUUCCUGCGGUCUGCAGGGUGACUGCGUGGAUCCACAACUCUUCUGUAACUGUGACGCCGAUGGCACAGAGUGGUCAGAGGACUCAGGCCUACUAACUCACAAGGAGAGCCUCCCGGUCCGGGCUCUGGUCCUGGGUGAUGUCCAGAGGCCGGGUUCGGAGGCCGCUUACAGGGUGGGACCAGUCCAUUGCUAUGGAGACAAGAAUUUCUGGAACGCUGCCUCUUUCGACAAACAGACGUCGUACCUCCACUUCCCCACCUUCCACGGAGAGCUGAGUGCAGACAUCUCCUUCCUGUUUAAGACCACCACCUCCUCCGGGGUGUUCCUGGAAAACCUGGGAAUCAAAGACUUCAUCCGGAUUGAACUGAGCUCCUCCACCUGGGUGGUUUUCUCCUUUGACGUUGGUAACGGUCCCCUGGAGGUUAAGGUGGAGUCGAGGGUCCCGCUGGAUGACGGCCGGUGGCAUCGAGUCCGAGCUGAGCGGAACAUCAAGGAGGCAUCUCUUCAGCUUGACGACCUACCUGUCGCCACUCAGCAGGCUCCGACUGAUGGACACGUUCACCUGCAGCUCAACAGUCAGCUGUUUAUAGGAGGAACGGCGUCCAGGCAGGGGGGGUUCAGGGGGUGUAUCCGCUCUCUGAAGCUGAACGGCGCCACUCUGGACCUGGAGGAAAGGGCCAAGAUCACACCUGGGGUUCGACCCGGCUGCCCGGGUCACUGCAGCAGCUACGGGCCACUGUGUCAGAACCAGGGUCGCUGUGUGGAGAAACCCAGCGGUUUCUCCUGUGACUGCAGCUCGUCUGCCUACACUGGAAUCUUCUGUCAGACAGAGUUGUCAGGCAGUUUUAAGGCGGGAACGUCCAUCAGAUACAGCUUCAAGGAUCCGUACGAGUGGAGCAGAAACAGCAGCCACCUGCCCUCCUCCAUCUACUCCGACUCAACACCGAGAGGAGAAAACAUCUCUCUGAGUUUCAGGACGACACAAAGUCCAGCUCUGCUCCUUUACAUCAGCUCCUUCUACAGAGGACACGUGGCUCUGCUCAUCAACAAGCAUGAUAAGCUGGAGGUGAGAUACAAGCUGGACAGCAGUCGAGAUGCUGAGGUGUUGAGGAGCGGCGUGAGGGGCAUGGCCAACGGGCAUCUACACAGCGUUAGCAUUAGGAGACAAACACACACCGUUUCCAUGCAGGUUGAUCAAAAUGCCAGAGAAAACUUCAACCUUACAUCUGAUGGAGAGUUUAAUGCCAUCAAGUCUCUGGUGUUAGGCAGAGUGUACGAGUCUGAUGAUUUAGAUCCACAUUUGACUCGGGUAGCAUCUCUUGGUUUUACUGGCUGUCUGUCGGUGGUCCAGUUCAACUCCAUCAACCCCUUGAAAGCUGCUCUGCUCCACCCGGACUCCAGCCCCGUCGUCAUCACUGGACCUUUGGCGCAGUCCAACUGUGGCUCUCCAGCUUCGGCCAAUCCUUACACAAUGGAAACCACGCACCAUCUUUCAGACCAGUCUGACUCAGUGGGUUCAGGUCAACCUCUAGUCAAUGCCUUCAGGACCGACUCAGCUCUGAUCGGAGGUGUCAUAGCCGUCGUCAUCUUUGUGAUUGUGAGUGCUCUGGCCGUCACGGCUCGGUACCUCUACCACAGGAAAGACACGUAUCGGAACCAGGAAGGGAAGCAAGUCAAACAGGAGGACAGCCCAGAUUUUCCCUUCAACAACCAGAUGGACUCCCAGAACCGCUCUACGGAAAGCACAAAGGAGUAUUUCAUCUAGGAGGAGGUCUGCUGAUGUUUUAACAUCGGAUGUAAAGCCGGAGCGCUCCGAGACCCUUCAUGACUCAGGAGCCACUCAGACUCUCCUCUGGCGAAAGUGGCUCAUCUGCUGUGAAAGGAGAAACAUUCGGUGUCAUAUUUCUGUUGCUUUCCUAUAACUUGUGAAUCUAACAGGCAACAGCGUUGGACUCCGAGGUGCUUCUACAUGCCUCAAAAACUGUGAAUAUUCAAAAUUGUAACGUUGGAUUUGUGUUUGCAGCGAUGUCUGACUGUCUCUUUGUUAAACUGAGAUUUUAAAAUAUUGAAGGUGUUGAUAAUCUUUGUACGGGAGGAAAAGUAAAGCUUCUUCUCCUUCGUCAAAGCACGGAGAGGAUUUCCUGAUUGGCAGCACCUCACUGGAAGGUUUCACAAACCAGACGUGGAUAUUUUAUCUCGUCUUUUAAGUUUUCCUAUAAAUUUUUAUUUCUUUCCAGUACAAAUUUUGUUUUUGACAUCAUGUGACUAAAAUAAAACUAGAAUUAGAGAAUUUGAAAGAUAAAUUUUACUCUGAACCAUCAGGUGACUAAGUUCAUUUUAUUUUUUUUAUUUUUUUAUAAACCAAAUUCCCAGAAUUGGCUUUGAUCCGACUAGCUGUUGAGCUGAUAUUUCGUUAUUCUUCAGCAAUUCAAAUAUUCCCGUAAAUGAAGUAUUUCUCAGCUUCAAAGUCAGAUAUUUCCCUCUGAAGAACAACACUGUAUCUGCUGGAUUUGUGGUUGUUUUAUGUCAGAGACCAUUUUCACCAAAACUGCAAGUUUCUCUUUACAAAGAGUCAAAAUGAAGUUAGUCUUUUUAAUAUGUGGCAAAGACAUUGCCUGGACAAAAAAUAAAAGUCACCAAGCUUCACCAGAUUUAUCUCCAUCCAAUGUUGCAUUAAUGUGUCAACAUCUUGCAUUGAUGAUGGUAGAGUCUGGCUGCUGCACAAAGCCUUCUCCAGCAUAUCCCAAAGACUCUCAGUGGGGUUAAGGUCUGGACUCUGUGGUGGCCAAUCCAUGUGUGAAAAUGAUCUCAUGCUCCCUGAACCACUCUUUCACUAUCUGAGCCCGAUGAAUCCUGGCAUUGUCAUCUUGGAAUAAGGCCGUGCCAUCAGGGAAGAUGGAAUAACCUGGUCCUUCUGGAUAUUCAGGUAGUCAGCUGACCUCAUUCUUGGAGCACAUCCUGUUGCUGAACCUAGACCUGACCAACUGCAGCAAGCCCAGAUCAUAGCACUGCCCCCACAGGCUUGUACAGUAGGCACUAGGCAGGACGGGUGCAUCACUUCAUCUUCCUCUCUUCUUACCCUGAUGCACCAUUACUCUGGAACAGGGUCCAUCUGGACUCAUCAGACCAGUUUUUAAUAAAGCGUUGGACAGUU